CCGGUUAUGACAGUAGGAAGGGAUUUCUGCGCAUUAGAAGCCACAUCUAGCGUCUCCAAUUCCGAAAACCACUUUCCAGAUGGUUUUUGCGAUCACCGAGAAUGGAUAAUACCAGCUGGAAGGAGGUCGCCUGCCGCCUGCCGCCUGCCGCCUGCCGCCCGUAUCUUGGGUCAUUGCCGAUCACAAUAGAAGAGGAAGCAGAGGACGUCAACAAGGCUGGUGAAGGUACAAGGAUAAACGCGUAAUUUUGGGUUGUUAGGCCUAAGACUUCCUUUUGGUCCAAUUUCGCCCUCAAACUUUAUUUUUAGGCUAAUUAAUCCUUUACUACAAGUCAAUACUUAAUGCCCUUCUUGAGAUUUAAAAUCUUUAAACCUAGGUUUCUUGCUUUCUUAAGAGUGGUUUACUGUGAUUAAUUGUUGAAAUUUGUUUUUUUGUACUUGUAUUAUAAAAAAGUUAAACUUCG